AUGCAAACAGCACCUAAAUCAAUGAUUUUUCCUGGUCGGUGUGCUCAUAGGCACGGUCAUGAUGUAUCAACGGAGUUUCCAGAAGUGCUAGAUGCUCAUCACGACAACACUACACACCAUGGAAAGGAAAGAGGUGGUUGGUCACAAUGGAGCGAGUGGUCACUGUGCUCGCGAACGUGUGACGGCGGCGUGUCCAGACAGCUCCGAACAUGCUCAUCGCCUACCGGCUGUCGCGGCGAGCCAGUGCGGUAUAAGAUAUGCAAUAUGCAGCCUUGCCGUGGAAACGUUUCCCUUCUAGAAGAAGAUAUCUGGAGGGAGCAGCAGUGCAGCGCUCACGACAAUACCCCAUAUGGGGGUGAAUUGUUCCACUGGACAGCCCAUAGAGAUGACGACGAACCUUGCGCCCUGACUUGUCGUGGAACUCCACAACAUUCUGGACAAAACCCUGAACCAACGGUGGCUUUGGAUGAAGACGAUCGUGUGGUGGUAGCGGUGUUGGCAGCCAGGGUGUCUGAUGGCACUCGAUGCAGGCCAGGAAGUCUAGAUAUGUGCAUUGAUGGGAGGUGUCAGAGAGUCGGCUGUGAUCUACGAGUUGGUUCGACUAGAAGAGUUGAUGAGUGUGGCGUUUGUGGUGGAGAUGGCUCAUCGUGCUCCCGACCGAGGUACCACUGGCUGUCAACUCCUGGCUCACUCUGCUCAGCCACUUGUGGUGGAGGUUACAAGAUGUCACUGGCUGUGUGUCGAGAUCGGUUGACAGGCCUCGAUGCGCCAGAGGAGCUCUGCGACGGUUCCAGUAAACCCGCUUCAGCUGUGGUACGCUGUAACACACACCCGUGCCCGUUUAAAUGGUACGUCGGCGAAUGGUCGCCGUGCAGUAUGACCUGCGGUGGCGGAGUGAGAACCAGACGCGUUCUAUGUGCGAGAUCAGCGAACAUUACACGGACCGAUACAUACGAUCCAGAAACAAGUUCAGAGCCCGGUUGCAUGUCGCCCGCUCCGAGGUCAACUCAAACAUGCAACGAACAGUCUUGUCCGACCUGGAUCGCCGGGCCCUGGUCUGGAUGUUCAGUAUCUUGUGGCGAAGGGGUACAAGUUCGCGGUGUGGAGUGUACACCAGCGGGUGGAGGGUGUGAUCCAGCCACCAGGCCGGAGAUAUCCAGACCUUGUUCCACGGGAAUCAGCUGUCCAGCUUACAGAGAAACUGAAGAACCUGAUGAUGACAUUGAAGAUCUCUUACCCGGAGUGGUGUAUCACACGCAGCCUUUAAUACAGCCUUACCCACCUCCUCAAGCUAAGGCUGAACAACUCAUCGGAGAACCUGACGUCCCAGUUGAAGCCACUUACAUCAAAGAUGAUGACUGGGGACCGUGCAGCGUGACCUGCGGUGAAGGCUGGAGGAAAAGAGAGGUCCACUGUAAAAUAUUCUUAGAAUUCAGUCGAACGAUUGCAAAAUUACCAGAUAGUAAAUGUAUGGGACCAAAGCCGACUGAAGAAACUGAAAGAUGCGUUAUGGAACCCUGCUCAAUGGCGUAUGGAACUUCGUUUGGGGACUCCAGCAUUCCAGCUUAUAAUGGUGGUGACAGCAGGUCAUUAAUGGGUACAUCCGGCAACAUCCGAGUGGCGCCUGGAUCGCCCGGGAAAUCAUAUUCGUGGAAGGAGAAGGGAUACACUAGUUGUAGCGCAUCUUGCUUAAGUGGAGUUCAGGAACUCAUAAUACAGUGUGUGAGGGAUGAAGAUGGUAAAAACGCAUCUCCAUACAUGUGCGACCCUAAUACAAAACCAGAGAACCGAGUACGUACCUGUAACGACCAUCCCUGCCCGCCCCGGUGGAACUAUACGGAGUUUUCUCAAUGCACCAAGUCUUGCGGAAUCGGUAUUCAGACCCGCGAAGUCACAUGCAUUCACGAAGUAACUCGCGGUGGUACAAAUACAGUGGUGGUACCAAACAGUAUGUGUCCGCAACCGCCCCCACCAGACCGACAGUACUGCAACGUCCUCGACUGCCCAGUAAGGUGGCAUGCUGGUGAAUGGUCGAAAUGCUCCAAGACCUGCGGGGGUGGUAUGAAACAGAGAGAAGUGGUUUGUAAGCAAAUAAUGGCGCAGUCACACGUGGUAGAGCGACCGGCAUCACAGUGCAACAAUCCUAGACCAGCCGACACUAAAUCAUGCAACAGCCGCCCAUGUUUACUGGAUACGUCGUCACCAGAAAUAUCGUUAGCGAAUUCAUCGUAUAUACAGCAUGAUCCGAAGAAAAAGAAGGUGACGGUAAAAGUCGGCGGUUCGGCGACAAUAUUUUACGGGACUCAAGUAAAAAUCAAAUGUCCUGUGAAAGGAUACAAUAGGACCAAGAUACAGUGGGCGAAAGACCAUCAAAUUAUCACGAAGUCGAAAAAAUACAAAAUAUCUAAAAAGGGCGCUCUUCGCAUUACAUCUCUUUCACUUCGAGAUCAUGGAGUCUACACUUGUGUCGCCGGUAGAUCCAGUGCGAAUUUGACUUUACUUGUCAAACCAAGGCCUGGAGAAUUUCCAUCGAGUGAAGAAAUUGAAAGGCAUAAAGCGUUGGAUGAACCUUCUUCGCCGUUAUCUGAUAGUAGAGCUGAUGGACGUUACCGAGCCAUGAUAGGAGGAAGGUCUGACGACCAAUCCCACGAGCAACGUCCUCCCGAUCAAAAGAAAAACUACAAGAAUAGACAGAAAGGUAAAGUAGACAAAGUACGGGACGCAUUGUACGGAGGCUCGGGCACAACCAGCACUAAAGCCUCUCCGAGCUACAACUCACAAGCAAGAGAUAUUUAUGACGAGAAUGAAAAGACUGCUGUAUCGUCUCAGAUGCUUCCGCCCAAACGAAGCAGCGCAUCCAGGUUAUUGCCGUGUCUGCAUUACCUUGUAAUGCAACUACAGAUGUUCUGGAAUUUUCAGACCGUCGGAAACUCGAGGGGUCAAAGAAUGGUGGAUCCAAUAGUUAUGUACCACAAUUAUGGAACUCCGACACAAGCGCAAGCUGUCAAUUUCGAAGAUAAGCAAAUAGUUUUUCCAGAAGACGACGAUUCUGAUAUAAUUAUAGUUAACGAAGACUAUAAUAGAAAUACUAUUGACGGAGGAAGGGUUGAAAGUGUUAAAGAGAAUAUUAAUGAAUUGAUUGAGACUACAACACAGACAGAAAAUAGGGUAACAGCGCACGAUAUUAGUGAAUACGCUUGGAAGACCACAGAUUGGUCAUCAUGCAACGCGCCGUGUGGUCAAGUCGGUCACCAAAUAAGAGGAGCAGUUUGUCAACACAAACUACCCAACCAAACGACAACAGUAGAAACUGAUGAGUGUCUUUCAAGAGGGCUGACACCUCCAUCAGUUUUACGCGACUGCGCCAGCAAUAGCUGUGCCACUUGGAGAACUGGAUCUUGGUCGGCUCCCAGGUGCCUGGCUUCUGGAACUGCCAUAGUUCGUCGCCGGGUGGAGUGUGUCUCAGAUAAUGGAACGGUAGUUCAGGAUUCGGCUUGUAUCUACAGUGACCAACCAGAGAAGACUAAGAGAGAACCUCAAUUAUGUAAACCUGUAUGGGCCGUUGGACCUUGGAGUAAGUGCAAAGGUCCGUGCGGCCAGGGCCUGCAACACCGCGUGCUGCGGUGCGUGUGGCGCGCGACGGGGACGCGACCGCGGCGCGCGCGCGAGCGACCCGCCGCCGCGUGCGCGCGCGCUCGCCCCGCCGUUGUUAGGAAUUGCUCGUCAGUCAAUUGUGUUCAAGAUGGCGUCUGUAGAGACACGUCGAGAUUUUGCGAGAACGUUCGAGCGAUGAACAUGUGCGCGCUCAGACGUUACAAAGAACAGUGUUGCAAGACUUGUGAAGACUAAUAUGUAAUGGAACAUUCCAGAAUUUCAAUUAAAGAGGCAAUUAGGACAUGUGACUUUUAGUGAAAAAGUUGUUGGGUCUCGGCGGAUUUUAUUCUAUACGUAAAAAAGUUUAGACUGAAAAAGAUCUUAUUUUAAGUUUAA